CCACACCUGGACGGCGGAUUCCUGGCUGAAGCAUGCGGCGAUCUGCCUGCAUCUGAACUUCAAACUCGCCUUGGGCAUCGCCAUCAGCGCAUGGAUCUCCGUGAUCGGCUACAUCGCCAUAACAGGCCUCACCUCCUGGGGCGGUUGCCAUUUUCUCGUGGUGGCGGGUGUUUACGUUCCGACGCUGCUCUUUUUCCUCGUGGUGUUCUAUGGACACCGGCUGAGCAGCCUCCUCCACGAGCAACCCACCGUGUGGUUAGACAAGGUUUGCAUCCAUCAGACGGAUGAGGCGAUGAAAGCGCAGCAGGUGAAGGCCCUGCCGGUGUUUGUGGCGCGUUCGCGCGAGAUGCUGGUGCUGUGGAGUCAGUGCUGCACUGGAGGAUAUUGGCCUUGGGCCUGGAAGUUUUUGGGGUUUAGGGUCUAG